GGAUGCGUCAUAGUGCUACUUCCGGGUGUGACUCCAAUGUGCCUUUAGACGCCAUGUGUUUAUAAGAAUUAUCUGCUGGCGUUAUCUGACAGCUUCAUUUUGGAAAUAAAGAUGAGUUCGCAGAAGGGAAAUACAUCUCGAACGCGAGCCCAAAAGCACAAGAACACGAUCGCGUUUAAAAGUGACAAAUAUGGUGCCACUCCGCUUCAGAAGAAGUUGAACGAGAAGGUCCAUGACGGUGUAUGCCAGCGUUGUAAAGAAGUCUUGGAAUGGAAAGUGAAGUACAAUAAAUUCAAACCACUCACACAAGCGCGUAAAUGUGUAAAGUGCACGCAGAAGAGUGUGAAGGAUGCAUACCACAUCAUGUGUAAGCCGUGCUCCCUCAAAUUGGAACUGUGCGCAAAAUGUGGCAAGAAAGAAGAGAUUAUCAUUCCGGUCGCUACACCAAAUGAGGAGACUGCCCCCACAGAGCAACCAAGUAAAAAGGGCCGCAAGAAGCCUAAAGACGAUGAGGAUGGUGACCUUGACGACCUUGAUGACCUUGACCUUGACAGUGACUGUGACCUCUCAGAUGAUGGUUUAAGCUGAGCGGUGUGAGUGCGACCUGGGACCAGCGAGUCACCGGCGUGUGCCGGUACACCAAGUCAGACAUACCGGAUUCCGAAAGUAAAACUCCAGUCAUAUAAUGCACAGUAUAUUUUCCAUUUCAAUUCACUUAACCACGAUAAUCAGCUAAACAUUUCAGAUAGUUGUGUGAAAUGCUAGUUGAAGGUGGCACUGACCUACCAUGCCAUACCAUACACGGGCGUGUUUGUCCAGGGGGACCCAGGUUCGAGUCUGGCCUGGCUGUCCGGGUCAUUUCCCAACUGUCACCCAUCUCUCCCUCUCAACCAGGGCUCUAAAUUAACACCGGCCAAAUGCUGGUGAAAUUUCUUUUUGAAUGGUAGAAAAGACCAAGCUACUGGCCACUUUAACCCAUUAGUGAGUGUGUGUCUGGGUAGUAAGAUUAACAUCUACCAGCUAUUUUGGCUGGUGGUGAAAAAAGUUAAUUUUACAGCCCUGCUCCCAGCCAUUUCUUGUAUUCUCUGUACUUCCCUAUCACAAUAAAGGCUAAAAAAAACAUGAAGGAAUAUAUGGCAGGACUUUCACUUUCUCUAUCCGGUUUCUCUGCCCUAGGCAGAACACAUGACUCAUUUUGGAGGUCAGACCUAUUUCAGCCUUUCUCAGAUCCUUCCACUGAAAGUCUUCUUCAAAAAUGUAUCAAGGGACAUCCAUUGUGUUUGGAAUACACAUGUACCAAGAACCAAGGCUCCAUUGUGAUCAGCAUACACACCUUUUGGGGUGUGACAAAGGAUUACAUCAUCAACAAUCUGUAUUUUGGACUACUCAGUUUUACACACUGCAGCUCCUCAGUAUUUACUAAAUAAAUAAUAUUGUAUUGUG